CUGUUCGACUACAUUGCCAAAGUGCUCGGAGAUUUUCUGAUAGAGAAAGGAUUGGCUGAAGAAAAUCUACUGCUUGGCUUCACAUUCUCGUGGACGAAGAGCUUCACGACAACGGGAGUAAUUGGCGAAGAUGUGGUAAAGCUAUUGGAAGAAGCUAUCAAAAGAGACGGAAGGGUCAAAGUCGAAGUGAUGGCAGUGCUUAAUGAUACUGUAGGAACAAUAGUGGCAGGGGCCUAUGAAACGAAUGGAAAGUGCGAUCUGGGAGUCAUUAUCGGAACCGGAACAAAUGCCUCGUACAUGGAAGACACAGAAGCGAUAAUCAAGGGACUGCAUGAUGCAAGCGAGCCGUACCAUCAUAAGCAGGUACUAUGGAGAAGUUGUAGAAAUGUAGAGAGAAACAAAAUUUUGCUGCAUUGCGACAGUCCAUACAAGGCAGUUUCGCGAUCAUGGGACUAUGCUAUAAAGUAA